CAGGGCCUUGUGUCUGCCGACAGCAUCGCAACACGUUGAGACCUCGGCAGCAGAGCUGGAUAACGCAGACGUGCUGGAUGGAUCUGAAAGCGUGUGAUAAAGAUCUGAGGAGAACAAGAGGACACGCCUAAUGAUUGAAGGACUGGAAUAACGCUGUUUCUUAAUCACGUCCAUAUCAAUUUUUCUCUUGAGGGGGACUCUGGCGGCCCUUUGCAAUGCAAACAAGCAUCAAACUGGAUCCAGGCGGGCAUCACCAGCUUCGGAGCACCGUGUGCGAGGGUCGGUUUCCCGGAAGUCUUCGCCCGAGUAUCUCAGUUCCAGUAUCGUCAGCUUUGUGACGUUGAACUAAGGGAGUAAUACAGUGAAUGAAGGUGACAUGGUACUAUUUACAGGAAACGACACGCCCUCCUCGGCAAUGUGGGGGUUGAUUCACUGCUUGGGUAGAGAGAAUUAAAUAUUUCUCAACUUUAUUUUUAUUGAUUUUUUUGGAAAAUGAGGGGGGGGGGUCGGGUUUGGUUUCCAACCUGGUUUGGGAGAAACUUUGAACAGCAUUUUUCCUUAGAACAGGGGUCUCAAACUCCGGCCCACGGGCCACAUCCGGCCCGACCGUACCGUUCGCUGGUCGGAACGUCAGCUCCGCCGGCACCCCCCCUCCCGUCGAUCGUAAUGGUCUGGCCCGAGUUCGGUCGAAAGUGUGUUGCAUCUGGGCCCGAACCUGAAAUGAGUUUGAGACCCCUGCCAUAGAAGGUUAUUUGGGUUGAUGGCAACCUGCCACAAAACCACGAGAUGCCACUAGGACACUAAAAAUCCUGGAUUUACAGAUAAGUAUUCCAAAGAGAGUGAGUGUUGAAAAAUGUAUUUUAGACAAUAAUAACGUUAAACACUGUCAGUGCAAAAAAGCAACAACUCAAAUAACAGGGAUGAGACUCUUUUGAAUUCUCAAAAAAAUGUAGCUGUUGCACCAUCUGUCCCUUGUAAGAAAUAAAAACCAGAAACUUUAUUUACUUUAUUCAUUAUUUAAGUGUUUGGUCCCCGUUUGGUCCUUUGUGCUCGCUCGCUCAUUCCUUGUGUUUUCUCUUUCUCUUUCUCUUUCUGACACCCUCGAUCCUUUCAUCAGCCAGAAAGAUUGAGUGCAUCUGAGGAAUGUCGGCGAAGAACAAGAGGACACGCCUAACAAUUGAAGAACUGGAAUAACUCGACAAUAGUUGAGCAGAUAUGUCUUAACCACGCCCAUAUUCAUUUUUUCUUGAGGUAAUAGAAACUUUGUGGUAACACGGGUCUCUUUUUUGCAUUCCUCCAAAUUUUGCAUUGUAUGAGUUCUUGCAGAACCUUUGGAAAACGGUCAUAGUUUGACGAGUGGCUCGAAAGCCAAAAAGGAGUCCACAAACCUACCAGCGUUGCUCGUUAUGUUGGACAGGAAGUUAUGUCACAUACGGCAACUAUCAAAGCACGUCAGAGGCUUCAAGUGAAACAGGUUCUGUCACGGAGAGGUCACGUAAGGGACAGACAAAAAGACUAAAAACAAACAAAAAUAUCCCCUAUAAUUAUUAAAUAUAAAAAAUGCUAUUAUGAAAUGAACUGUAAGGACGUUUUAGGAUAACCAGCAGUAUACAAAUUAGUUCUGUUUUCUAAGACAAAGCAAUAGAUUUAUUGGUUUCCAGGUAGCGAGACCUAUAGAGAUAAUGAUAGAGUUGUGUUGUAUGGAAUGCCUUUUGUAGUUAAUCGAUGUUAAACGGAACCGAAUAAACAGGUUUGGGCAGGCUCUCUAUAUAAAUAUUCCAACCACAGCAGCGUUUCUAUUCAGAAGACAAACACUCCCAUCAGGAGUCUCUGCGCUUACCGAAGCCUUCGUCACAUCACAGAAUGGCCUCCUGGACUGUGGGCAAACUCCUGAUCUGUGCCGUCCUCGCGGGACACGCAUCAAAGGCUCAGGAUUGUGGACAGGCGCCUCUGAACACGAGAGUCGUGGGUGGUGCGAACGCCACAGCCGGGUCGUGGCCCUGGCAGGUCAGCCUGCAUUUGGCUUCCGUUAACUUUCACAUCUGCGGGGGAACACUGAUCAGUUCCCAGUGGGUGCUCACGGCAGCACACUGCAUGGUGAUACGGACACCUGGUGCGUGGGUCGUCUACUUGGGAAGAGAGACUCAAGCUGGCCCAAACCCCAACGAGGUCAGGAGCACCGUGUCCCAGGUCCUCGUCCAUCCGGACUACAACAACACCCUGUUCAACAACGACAUCGCCCUGUUGAAGCUCCAAAGUCCCGUCCAAUUCAAUGACUUCAUCAGACCCGUCUGCCUGGCGAGUAACGUCAGCCAGUUCCACACCUCCACCCCCUGCUGGGCCACCGGCUGGGGCAAUCUGCGAAGUAACUUGUCCUUACCGGCAUCUCAGCCGCUGCAGGAGGUCCCGGUUCCCGUGGUGGGAGAAAACCAGUGCGCUUGCGGUUACCGGCUGGAAGCAGAUGCGAACAUCACCAACGAAAUGAUUUGCGCGGGAGAAGAGAACAGAGGAACGUGCCAGGGGGACUCUGGCGGCCCUUUGCAAUGCAAACAAGCCUCAAACUGGAUCCAGGCGGGCAUCACCAGCUUCGGAGUACCGUGUGCCAGGGCCGGUUUCCCUGAAGUUUACGCCAGAGUAUCUCAGUUCCAGACUUGGAUCACGGAGCAAGUGGCGGGGGCGACCGUCAGCUUUGUGACGUUCAGGUCCAACGGCACCGAUGCCGACAACAGCUUUGUGUGCCGCUCUCCCAACACGGCCUCGUCGGUUGCCCCUGAGCUCACGUUUGUCAUCAUCAUUGCGGCGAUGCUCCUGCAGAACACUAUGACACAAUAGCGCCGUUCUACGCAAAAAACAUCUAUAUUCUUCCUUUCUUGUAUUACAUCAUGUUUGUAUUUCUAUGCAUGGCAUCACAGUGAUAGUAGUGGCGUUUGCAUUGUCAAAGUUUCACCACACAGCGCACUCUUUUGAAUGUUUUGGGGAUUGCACUUUCCUAUUGGCCUAGUUUGAAAAAAGUAACACACACUUUAUCACAUAGGUUUCAAACAUCACCUCUCAUUUACACAAAAAUCUCCCUUAAUAUUAAAACAAAUUUGCAACAAUAUCAGUCACAGAGAUCCCAUUUCCAUGCAUUGGAUUUUGACUGCCCAAUGCAAGUGUCAUUGACUUGUCAAAGCCACUUCUGCAUUUUUUGUAACUUGACGCUUGGAGUCCUGUGACUGUCAAAAAUAGCUCACCGAUAAAAACGCUAUUUACAUGAGGAACUAUGCAAAGUAGGCCAAUUCCUUCUUUUAUAUCUUCAUUUUAAUAAAUUGUUAGGGAGCAAAUACAAAUUGUUUGCAGAAUGUUGAACCUUUGUUUCUCCCUAAUGAGUGUAGUACUUGACUUUACAGGGUUUACAAGGUUUUCUUACAGGGCUUGAACUAAGGGAAUCAUAGGGUUAAUGAAGAUGAAAUGGUACUUUACAGGAAAUGACACGCCUUCCUUGGCAAUGUGGGGGUUGAUUCACUGCUUGGGUACAGAGAAUUAAAUAUUUCUCAACUUUA